UCCGGUUACGCUUUUUCCAAGGAUGGCCCUGCUGUGAUUCCCGGCGGUUCCUCGUCAUCGACGGCCAUGCUUGAAGUAGUGCAUCCUCUCAAAAGGCCAAUCUUGAAGGCUACCGAGUUUGCUUGUGUUCGAUUCCAGCCAUAUGCCGACGCAAAUUCUUCUUCCUCUCGUGGUACAGAAUCACUUCUCCGAGCUAGUUGCGGGAUGC